GGAAAGUAUCGAUACUACAUUAAACAAACGUGCUUUUGUUGGGUGUUUUAGUUAUAGAAAUCUCUUAUUUUAAUUGUAAUUUAGAAUUAUUAAGAUGUUUCAGCCCAUUUUCGUGUUAAGCCAAAACUCUAAAAGGGAAUCAGGCAAUAAAGUUCGGACUGAGAAUAUUGCUGCAGCCAAGAUGAUUGCAGAAGUUAUUAGAACUUGUCUUGGACCACAGGCAAUGCUUAAAAUGUUAAUGGAUCCAAUGGGUGGUAUAGUUAUGACCAACGAUGGUAAUGCUAUUUUGAGAGAAAUAACUGUUCAACACCCUGCUGCAAAAAUGAUCAUUGAAAUUGCUAGGACACAAGAUGAAGAGGUUGGAGAUGGCACUACAUCAGUUGUGAUUCUUUGUGGUCAAAUCAUGGCAGAAAUUGAAAGACAUAUAGAUGAAGUCCAUCCUACGACAAUCAUUAAAGAAUUUAAAAGAGCUUUGGAUGAUAUUUUAAAAAUACUUCCAGACAUAAGUACUUCUCUUGAUCUUAAGGACAAAGCUAAAGUGAUAGAAGUGGUUAAAGGAUGUUUAGGUACCAAAUUUUUAGGUACUUGGUCUGAAAUGGCUUGUCAGAUGGCAAUUGAUGCUGUAGAUACUGUCAGAGAUCUAAAAGGUCUUGGAAUUGAUUUAAAAAACUUUGCUAAAAUUGAAAAGGUUCCUGGUGGUUUUAUUGAAGAUUCUAAAGUAUUGGAAGGUGUAAUGCUUAACAAAGAUGUGACACAUCCCAAAAUGUCACGGUUCAUUAAAAAUCCACGAAUUUUAUUACUAGAUUGUUCUCUUGAAUAUAAGAAAGGGGAAAGUCAGACUAACGUGGAAAUAAUUAAGGAAGGUGAUUAUACAAGGCUUCUACAAAUUGAAGAAGAGUACAUUGAAAAAAUGUGCAAUCAUAUUAUUGAGCAGAAACCUAAUGUUGUCAUUACUGAAAAAGGAAUUUCCGAUUUGGCUCAACACCAUCUUUUCAAGGCUGGUAUUACAGCCAUUCGUAGAGUUAAGAAGACUGAUAAUAACAGAAUUGCUCGAGCAGUAGAUGCAACUAUUGUUAGUCGUGUGGAAGAAAUCAAACCUUAUCAUAUUGGUUGUGGUGCUGGUCUCUUUGAAGUAAAGAAGAUAGGAGAUGAGUACUUCACUUUCAUUACUGAGUGUAAGAACCCAAAAGCUUGUACAAUUUUGCUGCGUGGUCCAAGCAAAGAUGUGUUGAAUGAAGUUCAGAGAAAUUUACAAGAUGCAAUGAAUGUUGUCAGGAACUUGUACUUGGAUCCUCGAAUACUUCCAGGAGGUGGUGCUGUAGAAAUGGCCCUACAUAGAGCUCUAAUCAAAGCAAAUUACACCAUAGAUAUGGAAGAUGAUUGUUAUGCUGCCAUCCCAUCUGCUUUAAGAAUUAUUCCUAGAACACUGUUGCAAAAUGCUGGUGGUAAAGUGAUUAGAUCAAUGAACGAACUUGAGAAACAACAUAAUUCUGGUAUUCUUAAAGGAGUUGAUGGAAUAACUGGAGAAUUAAAAACUGUUGAAGAAUUAGGUGUAUGGGAACCCUAUUCAGUCAAAGUCCAGAUCUAUAAAACUGCUAUUGAGUCAGCAAUUUUAUUGUUGAAGAUUGACGAUAUUGUUUCUGGUGCUAAGAAUAAAGAUAGGGAAAGAAAUAGCGGCUCUGUAGCGCAACCUACUGAAGAAUCACUUAAAGAAUAAUUUCCUUUAUUAUGCAAUAACAAAUAUUUGUAUUAAUUAUUUAAUUAUUCAAUUGUGUUACUUAACACCACUGCUGCUAAUUCAAGCUCAUCAAAUGUUUCUUUAAUAAAUUAACUUUUUAUACUACUUUUUAAACCUUUAUCCAUUGAUUUAAGAUAUUCAAUAAAAUGAAAUGUCUGACCUGCAUUUUGAUUGAGAAUAUUACUUAAGGAGCUCACAUGUUCACCUCUCAUGUAACUUGGCUAAGUUAGAGUGAGGAUGAAUCACCCCAAGUAUUCAAACUUCUGAAAUUGUUACUAAAUCUCAUUUACCUAAUAAUGUUAAUUAAAUUUCACUGUAGGAGAUUAUCUUUAUUAUACAAAACCAUUAAAUUGCACAAAAAUAUAUUUGUCAUGACCUGGAUGUCUACUAGUUGGGAAAAUCAGGAAUUUGUCUGGGAUUCCCUAUAAAUUUUGCAAAAGUUGGCAAAGUUAUCAUAACUUCUAAACUUGAAUAUAUUUUAAUUUUCAUAAACUUUUACUUUAGUUACUUUUAGCUAUAUAUAUUUAAUUUUAAUUUUAGAAGGACAAUUAAGUUUACAUUUAAUUAAUAUACAAUUAUUGCAAUAGCAAUUAAAAAUUGUUUCAUUUGCAGCUCCG